AUGACUAUUGCAUUAGUUAGCGCCGGCCCGGUGCAGCAUUUUAUCACGACGAAUGUCAACGAUUCUUCUUCCUUUGUGACCAAUGCCUACAAGUCAUACGCUCGAGCGUCCGAAAGGCGUUUGUGCUCCAGCCGCUAUGCUGAGCAUACAACGGACUGUUCCACUUAUUUGACUUAUUAUCCCUCCUUCCCGCGCUUGUACGAUGAGGAUGAUGGCGAUGUCGGUAGGGCUUAUGGGACGUCUACAUUCGCAUCGUGGCACUAUAAUACUGCUGCCAAAAGUGGAAACCGUGAUGUGGAAAAACAGCAAACUGGUCAUUGGAGCGGCAACGUCCAGCGGAGUUUCUUGAUCGAAACCGCUUUUGCGGACGCCGACGGAAAUGUCGUGUUGCACCGCAAAUUACCCGAUACGGCUACAACAUGGUUCAUCCAAGCUUUUAGCCUGAGCAACACCAGCGGUUUAGCGGCUUCUAAGCUGGUUAAGCUGAAAGCAUCCAGCCAGUUCUUCGUCGCCGCAAACCUGCCAUUUGGCAUUAUUUGCAACGAGAUCCUCACCGUCAAAGUCAUCGUCUUCAAUUACAUGUCCCAACAACAGAACGUUACGGUUACGCUGAAACUUUGUCAUCCUGAUAACACAACGGAAACGGACAUUCGAACAGUGUUCUGCACACCGAACCAACCUUCCGCAACAGUUUUUGCCGUCCUGUCGGAACAAACCGGUGACCUAAGCUUGGAAGUCACAGCUGAGUGCGAAUUGGCAUUGCACAGAACUGAGAAAGUGUUGCCGGUAAAAUCGGAAUUCAUUUAUCCGAGUAAAACUAACGACAUUCCCGGAUCACAGUCAUCGGAUGAUGCGAGUAUGUCCCAACACAGACUGCGGCGUUUGAUGUUAAUGUUUCCUGCAGCAUUGUUUCUGCUAAAGAAACCCGCCUAAGCGUCUGCACAAGUUAUCUGGAAAAAGGUGCAAGUAAAAUGGCUGUUAUGGAGAUCAAUGCGGCUGUCUGGUUACCAGUUUAAUCCGGAAGAAACUCGUCUCCUUCCGCGCACGGUGGCUUCACUGCUGAAGGGCUACUUGGACAACAAGAACAGCAGUGUCAACCUGGUUUUCAAUGAUUACUUAAUAAUCCGUUUUUUUACUAGUAACUGUUGCACAAAAAACAUCUUGUUAGAUGAUAAAGCAAAGCAAUUAUUUCGCUACGCUUUACUGAAUCCACCAUUCCGGGAGACGUUGUAAUUACACAGUAGUCCUUGCCAUUGCUUUUGCGAAUCUGCGAUUAUUGUUCCUGGUUUAUUUUAUAGACUGCACCGAAUGCCAACUGUUUCGCUGUAACUAUGUACCGCAUCUAUACAGUGGACAAUCCGAAGCAACAAACCGUUUCCGUCUACCACUACCGCAAUCCUGAAGAGCAUACAACCAUAUUCUAUGGGCCGACAAUUUAGUAUAAAUUCGUCAGCACACGGUUCUGCUUAGGACAUAUUCUGUAUGUGCCGUUUUUCAAGUUUUCUCGUUUUGACCGUGAAUUCUUUAAAUGAUCUGUUCUGCCGUCCGUCGUAAAAGCCCAUUUUUCUGGUAAUCCCCAUGGUUGCUUCUUGUUACCCUGUGCGCAGCGCCGCUUUGUCGUUUUUUUUUUGUUAAC